GGAAGUGGCUAAAACCGUAAGACUCAAGUGAAUUCGUCUCAUUCUGUAUCGGUGUUGGUAUCAUUUAACCAUUAACAAAAAUAUCUUAUGCGGCCCAAUUAGCAGCACAAUUCUAUAAGCCAAUUUAGUUGGACUAAAUAUUGAGCUGAUUAAAUAACGGUCAGGUACCAGUACCAAACCAGCUGGGGCACUCUUGAUUUGACCCACCCAUAAUGGCGUUCGCCCAGCCCCUGAAAGAGCCCCUCCAGGUCAAGAAACCCCGUGUGUGAAGGUUUAAAUUAAACCAUACUGAUAAGAUACUUCAAAAGCAUAGCGUGGUUGUACUCAUUUGUGUCGGUAUUUCGGUGAUCAAAUUGCCUCCAAUAAAAAUGCUGGAUGGAUGUGACGGACGUUAUCGACCUAUUCACGCUCAGAGCGAUGUCGGCACACGGAGGACUCGCCGCUGACGGGAAAUACGGCGAGGGCGGUUGUGUUUUCCUUCUUACGGCCACGACGUCGCCAUCUUGGGGCCCGUGAGCCGCGUGACGUCAGACAGCGGCGCGCGCCGCUGCUGCUUCCGGCCCGAGCUCCCAUGGAGCCUCCUGCUCUCCGAUGUUAACGUGCGGAACAAAAGCGCCGAUCCCGGAGAUCAAGCGAAUACUUCGCACAACUUUAACCGUUUAGCUCCCGAAACCGGCCGAACACAAACCUCGGGGCUGACAGACUUCAUGACUCCCAUAAGCAGACCCAUGAUUUAUGAAUGUUUUUCCUUUUAUUGGAGAACUAAACAGACGUAGACUUUCUGCAUCUGUUUGGUAGGACGCUGAACUGCGCGGAGCACUGCAGUGGUGGCUGACACAGAUGUGCAGAGCUCACCAAUGAAUUCCAAUCACUUGCCCAGCAGGUUUUAACAGAACACACAAUUCCCGGGCAGAAUUUUAGUCUGCCAUCAUGGACGGUGAGGAAGGCCUCUCAUACAGCAGUGAUGAUGGAGGCCCGGAACAAAGUGACUGUGUGGAAAAAGGCAAAAAACUAGAGGCCAAAGGAACCUGCCUGAAAAUCGAGGGCCAAGAUGGUUACGUGUUCAAAUCCUACAGCAUUAAUCCUCAGACUGUGGAUGUGAAGUCCAUCUCCAGGUCUUCAAAGACACUGGGUAAAAAAUUAUCCUUGGGGUCCUCUUCUACUAAGAGGACACCAAAAGGAAAGUCUACUCAGGUUUAUGAACAAGUGUCAGAACCCUCCGCAGGACCUGAACAGCCAUUUCCUGGAGACAGCCAUGAUAAUCUGGAGGAUUCCCCAAACUCUCCAGCCUCUACCAAUAUAAGGCAAAGUACAGAUUGUUCGUCCAAGACGGAAAAGAAAAAUAAACCUCCAGAAAGUGAAAAAAACCUACAUAUCAAAGAUGAGGAACCAAAUGCUUUGGAUGAGGGCAUCCAAGAAGAUGAAAUUCUAGCCUUUGAUAACGCAGUAGGACAUUUUGCUACCAGGGAUAAUGAGGAUUACAGUAGCUUGCUAAGCGGCACGCUCUACGAUGUGGCAAUGGAUGCUGUGACACAAAGCCUCCUGUCCUCCAUGAGAAAUUCAGUUAACCCUCGGAAAAAGUCCCCUGCUUGGAACCAUUUUUUCAUAUCGCCUCGAGAUGGUACUAAGGCAAUAUGCAUGUACUGUCUGAAAGAGUUUAGUCGAGGCAAGAACGAAAAAGACCUUAGCACCAGUUGCCUGAUGCGACACGUGCGACGGGCUCACCCCACUGCACUGUUGCAGGAGAGUGAGUUCCCCUCUGGCAGUUUCACCAGCUCUCUAUCUUCCUCUUUAAUAGCGCCCAUGAACUCGCCAGAUAAAAGGGAACUGGCAGCUAUAGAAACUCCGGCAGUGCAGAAAAGCAUCUCCAUAUCUGCCUCCUCUUCGGACGUCACAGACGCCGUACCCAAAGAGGUGCCCCCAGUAGCACCAAAAUCAGAUAAGUACACCAAAAACAACGGUGCGGCUUCUUCUGUACAUUCCAGUGCAAACCAUGCCGAGGAUACCAUGGACGGUCCGUCAGAACGUGUUCACACGACUCCCAAAAGCUCAAAUUCCCGGAGAAGGUCUGCAGUAUGGAAACACUUUUACCUGUCCCCAGCGGACAGCUCGAAGGCAGUGUGCAUACACUGCAUGAAUGAGUUCAGUCGAGGCAAGAACGGGAAAGACCUGGGGACAAGCUGUCUGAUUCGACACAUGUGGCGGGCCCACAGAGACAUUGUUGUAGAAGAAAAUAGUCGAGGCUCAAACAUUCCACCUCCAUAUACCGCUCCGCCCACUCUUCUGCCACGUUUUUCUUUGCAGGACGUGGGUGAGAUGAGAAAAGAACCUUCUGUGUCUUCCUCUCCUGAAACAAUGUCUGACGAGGUGCCCUUAAAUUUUACAGAGAGCGUUGACAUGAAAGAGGACUCGAACGAUGCGUCAUAUCAGUCAGGCCAAGAGCAAGAGUCUUCAGUUGAUGUGUCAGCUGGGCAAAAAGGUGACAAAGAUCUGCCACUGAGCUCCUCACCAGAUGAUAGUUCAGAAGGCCCAAGUCUCGUUCAAAAUCUCAGUUCUGUUUUCCAGCAAAACAAAAAAAUCAUGAAACGGGUAAAAUCGGAGGUCUGGCACCAUUUCAUCGUCUCGCCAGUCGACCAGCUGAAAGCACUGUGUCGAUACUGCCCAUGCGUCAUCAGCAGAGGGAAACGCGGCGACUUUGGGACGAGUUGUUUGAUGAGACACCUGAUGAGGCGCCAUUCUGAUGUUCUCAAAGAGCAGAACAGCACGUAUGGCAAAACGUCUUCGCCUCAUUCUCCGUAUGCCACCCUCGCGACUCCUGAAGCACCGUCCUCUAAAACCAGCAGCAAUCCCACCGAGAAGAAGCCACAGACCUUGCCUGUUUUUAGCAAAAAGACUUCGAAGUUAUGGAAUCAUUUUUCUAUUUCUGCCGCAGAUCCCACAAAAGUGGUUUGUUUGCACUGUAACCGCACGAUAAGCAGGGGGAAAAAGACCACAAACCUUGGCACCAGCUGCUUAUUCAGGCACAUGCAGAGAUUUCACGGCAGCGUUCUUGAAAGUAACGGCGGUAUCUCAGGUGUUGUCUCCUCUGCUGACACCAAGGUGAAACAAGAACUCAUGGACACCUCCCCAUAUGAGGAAAACAAGGAAAGGUUUGACGAGUACCACCCGGUGGCCAAAAAAAUCACCAGGCUUGUUGCGGAAAUGCUGGCAUUAGACCUUCAGCCCUCAGCCCUGGUUGAGAAUGUUGGAUUGAACCGAUUGCUGGAAUAUCUUCAGCCACAGUACUCUCUGCCCUCUCCAUCUUAUUUUACAAGCGCCGCCAUACCAGAAAUGUAUGAGAGGGUGAAGGAGGUUGUUGGCACACACAUGAAAGAAGCUGAGGGUGAGAUUGUCCAUUUUACCACAAGCAUCUGGGUCAGCAGCCAGACUCGAGAAUACCUUAUUCUGACCGCACAUUGGGUGACUUACGAGUCGUGCGUUCGACCUCAGGGCCAGGACUUCCACUGCUCUGCCCUCCUCGGUGUUUCUCAGAUCGACUGUGAUUACGAUGUAUCAAGCAUCCAGAAGCAGCUUGAGUACCUCUGGGACACGUGGAUCACCUCUUCAGGUCUGAAAAUCGGGUACGUUGUGACUGAUAACCCAAGCCUUAGGAAUGCACUGGAUGACAGCAGUCAUGCCACGGUGCAGUGUUUUGGCCAUGCCAUUGACCUCAUUGUAAGUGAGGCCCUGAAGAGCCAAAGGAUGGUUCAGAACCUGCUGAGCAUCGCCCGGAAGAUCUGCGAACGUAUCCAUCGCUCAGCAAAGGCUAAGGAUAAGCUGGCUGAGUUACAGAAAUUGCACCAGUUACCAGAGAACCAGCUGGUUCAGGAUAUUCCCUCCAAAUGGAAAACGUCCUUUUACAUGCUGGAGCGGCUAGUGGAACAAAAGAAGGCAAUUGACGAAAUGUCUAUCGAGUGUAACUUCAGGGAACUGAUCAGCUGUGACCAGUGGGAGGUGGUACAGUCCAUAUGCAAUGCUUUGAAGCCUUUCGAGGUGGCCAGCAGGGAGAUGAGCAAUCGGACAGCCACCCUCGGCCAGGUCAUACCGCUCAUUCACAUCCUCAACCGGAAGAUCGACUUGCUCUUCGAUGAGACCAUGGGCAUCGACAAUAUGCUCAAGUCCCUGAAGGAAGCCAUGGUGAGUCAGAUGUCUUCAACACUUCAUGACGCGAGGUACAUGUGGGCCACGAUGCUGGACCCUCGGUACAAAACAACCCUGUUCACAGUGGAGGAGGCGGAGCAGUGCAAGCAAGACCUCAUCCGGGAACUUGAGGAGUCACUAUCUACCUCAGCUGAGACCAAGAGUUUCCUUUCAAAUGGAUGCAGCGAUGCCCCCGCUACAUCCAGCAGCACUCAGUCAAACAAGGACAACCUCUGGGCCCUCAUGGAUGACAUCAGGAAUAAAAUCAAGCAGGAAGAACGACCAAAAUCCUCAGAGCUGGCAGUGCUGGAGUACCUAGAGGAAGAGAUACUCGAUCAAAGCUGUGAUCCUCUCGAUUACUGGAACCUGAAGAAGUUCCUGUGGCCAGACCUUGCCAAAGUGGCGGUCCGCUAUGUGGGCUGCCCACCUACCAUUGUCCCGGCAGAGACCCUGCUCAGCACAGCUAGCACAAAUUUUGCUCUGAAUCAAUCCAGGCCUUUGCUGGAAAACCUGGAGAAGCUGAUGUUUCUAAAGGUCAACCUUCCCCUGAUUUACUUUCAGUACUGAAUUAAAGAGGAGUUGAAUCCUCUGGGCCCGUAUUUCAGAGUCUGAUUGGCUCUGGUUAAGAAAAUGACUGUGUAGGUCUGUGACCUACCCCCUUACUCUACCCUAGUUUGGGUGAUUUACUCAGUGGGCACCACACAUUAAUCGGAUUCAGUGGAAUGGAACCUUUUUAUGUACUACUGUAUAAACCUAUGACAUUGUGGUUAUUGUGUCAGGGACAACAGAGAUCCAGCUCUCGAAUGAGUUGAACACUUGUUGCUGUAUUUUUCUUUUUUUAUUCUUUCGUGAUGGUCUCUCUCCCCCCCCCCCUCCCUUGUGCCUUACACAAACUACUUCAGGUCAAAAUGCUGUAAAUACGUAACUGAUGUUUCAGCCAAGUGAUGGUCUUUAAACUUAAAGUGAUUGUGUGUUAGGGACUAGAUGCUAAUUUUUAUAAGUGAUAGCCGAAAAUGAAAUGCUGUGAAUGAAAGAUAUUUAUAGAAAUUAUUUAAUUUUCUCAUUGUGACGUUGUCACUUAUGGUACGGUCAGAUAGAACCAGGUUUUUUUUUUUUUACUGAAAAUGUUUCUAGAAAGGACUGUAAAAAACUGCUGUAGUCACUAUAUGAGCAAACUGUAUGAAAUCACCUUUAUCUCUUAAGCACAAACGUAUAUCUACUUUUGAGGGAUUUUGGGCCAUUGUUUAAAAAUAAAGAGUACUGUACAUUUAUAAAUACAAAUUUCCAUACAGAUUUUGAUAAUUAUGUAAGCUUUGAGACUGGAACCAUACUAAUUUUGUGGUAAAUUGUAAAUUAAAAAGAAAAUGUUUUCCAUCA